AUGCUUCAGAGUCUUUACUGUGCCCACAUUGUUGUGAAUCUCCCACAAGAGGCUAUGUGUGCAUGCCCGGUAAGUCACUUCAGUCGUGUCCAACUCUUUGCGGCCCUAUGGACAGUAGCCCAUCAGGCUCCUCUGUUCUUGGGAUUCUCCAGGCAAGAAUACUGGAGUGGGUUGCCAUUUCCUCCUCCAGGGGAUCUUCCUAACCCAGGGAUCAAACCCAGGUCUCUUACGUCUCCUGCACUGGCUGACAGGUUCUUUACCACUAGUGCCACCUGGGAAGCCCCACAGAAGGCUAUACUUUAUGCAUCUUCCAGACUUAAUGACCCAAUAACCCCUUUAUCAAGGGGUACCCUGCAAGACUGUGAACAUGUCUGGGGAAAUACAGCCUAG